CAGUGCACAGUGGUUGUGAACAGACCCAGAUAGCUACGCAGAGAGAGAGAGAGAGAGAGAGAGAGAGAGAGAGAGAGAGAGAGAGCGCGAGAGAGAGAGAGAGAGAGAGAGAGAGAGAGAGAGAGAGAGAGAGAGAGGGGGCUAAGAAGGCUUGCUUGAAACUAUGUGUUGGACACACAGAGAGAGAUGGACUGCAGCAAUGAGCUAUUCAUAAGGUGUGUGAAGCAACAUCACUGGCGACUUUGAGGUCACUGAUUAGUUCACGAUGUGAUCGGAAGAGUGCCUUCAAACGCCACAGACGACAUGUGACUUUCCCCGAAGCAUGUUCCACACUUCCACCAUGCUUCGGUUGGGUGCUACUCUCUACCUUCUCCUAUCCCUCAAUGCGGUUCCAUCGACGGCGGAAGACCUCCAGGAAACGCGAGAGACGGCGGAUACAGGGUCUCCCCGACACCUCUCAUCUACGUCCACACAUCCAGAGCCUGGCCUUCCAGCUGACGCCCGGCCAGACCCUGUGUUCCUAACCUCUGGAGAGAUUGACCCGAUCCACCCCUUGGUGGUGCACCUCCCUCGGCAUUCGAUGCCCUCCGAGGACGUCGACGGACAUGCAGCGUUUGGGGAAUACGAGGACACGCACGACAGCGCUGAGGGGAUUUCUCCCUCAAACAGUGACUUGAUGCCUCCAGAGAGAAGUGAUAAAGAGGUUGCGUCUUCCAGGGAGGAAGAGGAGGAGGAGGAGGAGGAGGAGGAGGUGGAGGAGGAUGGGCUGAAAGGGAUCGGCGGCGGGGAGCGAGGAGCAGAGUCUACCCAGGGGCCGACACCUCAAGGUGGGCUGGAGGAGGCCAGUGGCGGGGGGGCUGAAGACAAUGAGCCCCCUGCUAGGCCCCACGAGAGCACCGAGGUCCAGCCGCUGUGGUCCGUUCCUCGGCCCGGCUCAGGGACGACACACACCUCAGCCGUGGACCUGGCCCCUGCGACUCAGGACAGAGGGAGAGUGGACCAGUCGGUCUCUGCACAGGACGGGCCCGUGGACAGCCAGAAGACCGAGCCAACGACCAAUGAGGACGGUUUAACAGGAUGCCCGUUAGAUAGAGGGAACAACAGCAGGCCACAGGAGGUGGAAGAUUCCCUUGAUGAAGACCAGGACUCGGACAUCAGUGCUACACUGCCUCAUCCAGAUUGUAACAGUGACCCUACAGAUGAGUCAAUGCUAAAAAGCAGAAACCAAUCCUGCACUCCUGUUUACCCAGAAGACUUCAAAUCGGACAAAUCCCCGAAUCCCUUUCAUUUUCCUAGCCCGCCGUUUCUCAUCCCUCUGUACUCUGAUUGGAAUUCUGCCAUGGCUACGUGGGGCGUGGCUUGGGAAGCACACAUCUACGGUGUGGGAUCAAUCUUCGCCAUGUCCGGCUUCAUAUCCGUCGUGUGUUUGUUGGGUUUACCCCUGCGUUGUCCCAUGGGAAGCCCCUAUUUCACUUUGCUGCAUCUGCUCCUCCUGGCAUUCGGAGGGAUCCGGGCUUUCUCUCUGCUCUACGACGCCUACAGUCACCAGGAGCGCCUCCCUCCCCUGGCCUCCCUCCUCCUCUCUGAGCUCUCCUUCCCCUGCCUGGCCUCAGCCUUCUCCCUGGCCUUCAUCCUCCUCUCCCUGCGCUCGCGCAUGCACUCGUCUCUCCGUCGAUCUCUCAGCCCCGUCUCCUGCCCGCUCUCCCCCUCGCCCUGCCUGCUCCUGUGUCUGUCCUUCUUCCAUGGGAUGGUCUCGCUGGGCUGUGUGGGUCUCCUCCAGCUCCUUCCCUCCUUCCCUGCCCUGCUCCUCCUACCCCGAGGCCUGUUCGUGUGCCUCUCUGUCCUGCUCCCGUUCUCCUACCUCAUCUUCUACUGCUUGGCCCGAGCCCAAACCAAACACAUCUUCCGACUGGGUGACAACGCAGAGGGAGGGGGUUCCCCGGAGGUCCUGCGGCCUACAAAGUGCCCGUUUGCUGAGGUGGAAGACUGGGCCAGGGCGGCUGGUGUCGGCAUAGCGGCGUCACUGUGUCUGCUGGCUUGCGGAGGUCUUCAGCUCUAUGGCCUCCUGCACUACCUGGGCCUGGGAGGAGUGGGCUCCUAUGUCUUCGAGGCCUGGCCCUGGUGGAGCUACCAGCUGAGCUGCCGGCUGUGUGAGGUGGCCGUGUGUCUGGGCCUGGCUCUCAUCGGUGCAUACCCGCUGUUCUGUGGCACCCGCUCUCCCGUCAAGUCGAAGGCUCCACUUCGGCCGGGAUCGUGGUCCCAGCUGCCGAGCGACUCCCCUUCAGGCGGCCCAGCCGUCCUGGCAUCUCUGGGAGAAGGCAAGUCCGCCGCCCUCUCCCCUCACUUCCUCUGGUCCCAGGGUGCGCAGGAAAAACUGGUGGUGUGUGAGAUUACCUCCAAUGGGCAGUCCGAGGCCCUGCCACUCUGCCCAAUCGUGGACCCUUUAAGUAGAAUCAGCACCUUGGAAUCUACAUCUGUGCUGCCGCGACCUGCAGCCCCGUCACCCCCACGCAGAACACAAGCUGCCGAUUACAAGUUGUCCUCACUGGAUAGUCUCGGCCUGGACGCUGACUCUACGGGGGACCUGCGUCCUCCUUCUCCCAUAGACUUGUCUCGCAGCAUUGACCAGGCCUUAUUCAGCGACGCCCUGUUCUCCCGCAGUAUAUUUGGACCUCCAAGGCUACCCAAUGCCUCCUCCAGCCUGUCCUUAAACUCUCCUGUUAAACCACCGCUAGGCUACAGCUAUGAAGACAGUGGCCUUUACCGUACAACUUCCUGUGGUGACGCGGAUCACGAGAGUCCUCUAUCUAAGUCGCAGCUACCUGACACUCCGUCGCAUCAAAACAUGCCCUCAACAUUGCCGGAGCCAUUGAAUCGGACGGGAAGUACCCCUGGUGCUUUCGACCAGGCUUCCAUAGGGGGUUCGUCCCAGGGUCUGUGCAGCGACCCCGGGAAAACCAGGAAGACGCGGGCCUAUCCCUGGGCUAACAGAGGCCACAGCUUCGCCCAUGGCACCCUCCCCAGGGCCAUCCCCCAGCUGCACUAUCACAGGCGGUACCGGACGCUGAGCCUGGCCUCCCAGGGCAGCUGUGGAUCCGGCCGUCUGUUAGGGACUGAGCACCUCAGCAAGAGCCAACAGCUGGAGCGAGAUCUGGAAGUACAGGCGGAAUUUGUCCAUGUCUGCAGACAGAUUGAUUCUCAGAGUGUGUGCAGCGACACCAUUGAACUGUGAAGGUCAUCUUUAGGUGACUACAGCCAGGAGGUUCAAUCCUGCAAUUCAAGAGCUAAGAUCCUGCAGGUUUUAAGUGCAGUCCUAAACAGAAUCAUUUGCCAACCCCUACACUGGGUUCAUUAAGGUUUUACCUCAGAUCUGAAGGGGGCUAAUCAAUAGGACUAUUGGAGGACCACCAAUUAAUUCUGUUAUAGGAUUUGGGUGGAGGGAUACAUUUUGAAUAGUGAACUUAUUGAAUUAAUAUGAAUAAAGUUUUAGUUUGGUCUAAUGGUCAAAAUGUUUAGUUUAUUGACAAAGCCUACUGAAACUUAUUCUUCAUGUGCUGCCAUUGUAAUUUAGAAUUAAUAUAUUCAAGUUGUUCUGUUUGAACUUCUCCUGCACCUUUUUUUUCAUUAAAUGAUUGACAGCUUCAGAAACAAAUGUUACAAACCCUGACAUUCUUAUGCUAGUAAUGUUAGCAUAAUAAUAGAAAACUCUUAUGUAUUCCCUUAAGUGGAUAACAUAAGAGCAUAUUGACAGUUCCAUAAAGGCGCGUUCACACCAAAAGCGGUGUCUACUAGCUUAACUAGGAGACACAAGGUUGCUUGCCUGUACAACAAACUUUUGUACAACAAACAACAAAAGUGAAAUUCACUGGGAAAGAAUUGCCUUUACCUUAUAUGAAUUCAUGCCGCGCCUUCGCUCUUGUUGGGAAUGCACGGUUAGACUUCAGAUUUUUUUUUUACAAAAAUAUCUCAAUUUAACAGUUCUGAUGCUUUCAUAGAGUUAGAUAUAAUUUCCGUAAUUUCAAAGCCUUUAAUGAAUAAUUAACUCAUUCAUGAAUACUUAAUUCACAUGCCUUGUUUAUUUGCACAUUUACAUAUAAGAUACCAAGAUAUGAAGUUAUUGGCUUGCUUAUUAGCUGUAUUUCCAUUUUUUUUAAAUUACAAAACAAAAUCACGUUUUUCAAACACUAUACUGUAUAAAUAUAAAUAUUGCACUUUAAGAAACAUUAAGCGCAAUUUCUCAUUUUAUCUUCCACAACAGUUCACGUACCCAGAAAUGUAGCAAUGUUGCCCUCUGCUGGUAGGACUCCUCGCAGUAUACAAUGGUGUUAAGCACGUUGGUUACAUAACCACGAUUUGAAUGUAUUUGUGAAUGAUAAAACACUUACAAAAUAAUAAAAUAUGUUGAAGUCUU